AUCAAAAGUUGGGCUACUUUUCAGGCAUUUUGGGCGGGUUUUGAGCAGUCGUUGCCUGUUAAUGUUUGCUUUUCCUGGAAACACUGGGUCUCCGCUGUGCCGCACCUAGUCACAAAAUGUGACGCUCUGUAGAUAAGCUGCGAGUUCAGCGAUGUGGUCGUUAGCUUCUAAAGCGAACUGAUAUUGUAUAACCACUAACUGGAAAAAUUAUACAGAUUUUUUGUGUGUCUUAAUUUAGAGUAAGGGCUAGAUAUGUGGUUCACAGUGUGGUUGGGGUUAUAUUAAAAAUCUAAAUAGAGACAAACAAUGUGGUGUUUAUGAGUUUGUGUGGAAAGCUGACAAAAUGAACACAACAGAGCCGGCAAGUUUAUCCACAGGUGCAAUGGCGAGUGAACACGCCCAGAAAGUUUACGGGAGUCCUCCCCAGUCCGAGCUUAGACUUGUGCUGCUUGGGAGAAUAGGAGCUGGGAAGAGUACAGUUGUUAAAACCAUUCUUGGCAGAGAUAAAUUCAGGAGUGAAGGAGUCACGUGUGUGAAGAAGCAGGGUGAGGUGGCUGGAAGGACAGUCAUUAUAGUGGACACCCCUGGCUGGGACUCUGUAAAACACACAUCCAAGCACAUCCAAGAAGAAAUUAAGAAUAGUGUGAUCCUAUGUCCUCCAGGACCCCAUGCUCUCCUUCUUGUGGUGCCUAUGGGCGACCAGCUCUCCUCCUCAGCCAGAAAGGCAAUUCAGUAUCAUAUAGAGCUGCUGUCAGUCAGGGCAUGGAAGUACACCAUGGUCUUGUUUGUUAGUGAUGCUGAGGAGAAAUGCACAUACAAUGAACAGAAUCAGAUGCUUGAGAGAGCUAACAGCAUUCUAGUAAAAUGUGGAGAAAGACACUUUCACUUUGAGGUUGGGAAUUCUACUACCCAGGUUACUGAGCUCCUGAAAAAGAUAGACGCCAUGGUAGCGGAAAAUUAUGAAGAUUUCUUUAUCCCACAAGUCUACUAUGAGCUUUUGGAGAGUAAAAUACCAAGAGAAGUGACUGAGCUAAUUAGAAUGUCUGAGGACCGAGUGAGCAGACUGGAACAGAGAUACAAAAGAGAGUUGAAGGAAAAGGAUGAACAACUGAGCAAGUAUAGAGAAGCAGAGAAGGCUACAGAAAUGUUGAAGAGGACAGAUAGCAGUAAGUGGCUUCCCCCUGACAUGAACACGGAGACCCAGGAAAGAACAGGGAUGCAGAAGGGUAAGACUGACCAGCAAACAGUGGCUCUACAGGCAAUCAAGCAAGGAUACAGAGAAGAGGCCCUGUCUGUGGUCCAGCACUAUGUCAAACCACUAAUGGUUAUAAUCACUUCAGUACUGGGAGCUCUCAUCGGAGCAGUGGCUGGAGCUCAACACGGAACUCUGGGGGCGUGUGUUGGGAUCCCUGUUGGCAUUGUUGUGGCUGUUCUUGGGUCUUAUGCUGUCCGUGGAGCCGCCACGGCUGCGAGGGAUGUCCCCGGCACGGUCAGUGUCAAGGGACCUGCCGUCCAGAACAGAGAUGAAGGAAAACCCUUCUACAUCAGUUCUCCGAGUGCGUUUAAUAAGGACCAGUGACCCUUUCUUUGCUAAAUGUCUCUUAAUAACAUAACGUGCAAUCGUCUCAUACUUGUUCACGUUUUCAAGAAGAUUCAGGAAGUUGAUGAAUGGGGGACCCAGAAAUGUGACCAAUCUCAAAUUCCUGUGGGCCACCAACCACAGGUUUUAACCGUGAUUAAACUCUAAUGUACAGGUACUGUUUACAUCUACCAGUGGCUGUCCCACUACCUACAGUGACUAUCUAAAGGUGAACUCAUUACCCGUGGCUGUCCCACUUACAGUGACUAUCUAAAGGUGAACUCAUUACCUGUGAGUGGCUCUGGAUGAAAGUAUCUAAUAAACAACAUAACAUUUAUGUUGUUCACAAUGAAACAAGCCUUUUGGGUUCUGAUGGGGUUCAAUGUUGGACAUUGAGGUGUCGUUGGGUGAAUGCAGAAUCUACUGUAGGUAGUGAUGAAUCAACUGCAAAUGAUCCCUGUAGUUGUAAUUAAUAGACUAGUAACAUGGUGUUGUGUGGCUACUACUGAGAUAUUGUUGUGUAAAUGCUAAUGAGAUGGUGUUGUGGAAAUUGUUUUUUCAUGCUAGUAAUAUGCCUGAGUUUCUAGAAACUGAAACAUUUAACAGAUGCAUUCAUUCUUAAAUCAAGUCAUUAGAAAUAUAAUCAUAUUAGGGAAAGUUAAGCUCAUGAAUCAAUCUUUGACAUCAUUUAACAUUUGAACAUUUAAAUUCUGCCUAUAAUCAAAGUUGCCUUCUGACACACAGUCCAUCCUGUUGGCAGAGCUUUAAAAGGAAGGUAGAGACAUUGUUUAAACUGUCUAAACAGAACAGAACUCUGCAGUGGAUAUUUUGCCAAUCUGAGGAUUGACAACAUUAACUUAAAUGUUAGGUUUUUCCCUCCAGACAUGGCAUUAGACUGUAAGUUUUCAACUUCAGUCCUAAAGGCUGAAACACUUCUGGGUUUCACCUUCUACUAAUUCAGGCCGGGGAUAGCGGCUCACUGCUACCGACUAUAAGAACAAAAACUGGAAGUGUUUGGGGCCCUCCAGGAUGGAAUAUGAAUUACCCUGCAUUAUAAAACAGGGCUGGUGGAGUUCCACACUCUUCGUUUUGGGUCCCCAUGUCUGAAAAUGAAUACCACUGUUCUACAAGCAUAGCUCAAGACACACCUGUUAUUUUUGACAGCACAUAUUAGCCGAAAUAAAUGUAACGAACCUUGUCAACAACAUACAUUUACAAUAAAUAUUUUGAAGAAAGGAGAUGAAACAAUGCCUGUGUGUUUCUGACAGCAAUGAUAUGAACAGUGAAAAAAACGUCUCACUCAUUCGGAUAGCCCAUAAAACAGCAUAGCACAACUGUUACCUCAUGGAUUUCUCCCGUUCCGACAUGGUCUUCUUGUAAGAAGUUGAAUAACACAUGAAUUGCAUCCCCUAACACUUCAGUUUGUAACAGUAGCGACGUAUUUAGCGACUCCGAGUGUCGUGCUGAGAAGUUGGUCGACGGGUACACAGGGUACCUUUAUGCAGCGCCGUCACGAGAAGGGGGUUUUAGUUUUGCUACUGAGAUGGUCUGUUUCACUACGAAUCAACAACAUGCGUUUAAUAGAGCAGUGCAUAUUAUGCUUUAUUGCAUUUUGGCACAGGUUAUAAGUAACAAAAACAUUACGGUUGUAAAUGGUUGGUGUGAUAAUGGUUGAAUGAAAGUAAAUUGAAAGUGUAGCAAACAAAUACAAACAAUGGAACUUGACAUGUUUUGAGGAGAUACUGCUAAAAAUGUUAAAAUGUUUUACGAUAAUUGAAAAUGAAAUGCCAUAAUUAAUUAUUUAAAAUAAAAACAUAAAAAAUAGACCACAUCAUUGCAUUGAAGGCAUAGAAAUAUGUACUGUACUAGUUUAACUGGAGAUAGUGCACUCAUGAAAUUGGAGUUGAACAGAUAAAGUUAAUAGAAAUAUUGUAUUGAAGGAACUGGGACAUAUGUAACUACCCAUCUUGCGUGGUCUGUUUUGGUGCUGAUUAAAUACAGGUUAUGUGGUACAAGAAUUAUGAAGUUUGAUAAGUUUGCCUCUUUGA